UUCACUGCUAGUUUAGUAGAGUCGCCAUUUUCUUAGGGCUUCUUGCUGGGGCCGCCCGUUAUGGGGUCCUCCAAGCGGCACCGGGAGCGGGGCGAGGCCUCUGAAGACCCGCCCGCAGCUCCCUCGCAGCCUCCGUCCUCUGGUGGCGGCGGCGGCGGCGCUGCUACGACGUCGUCCUCUCGCCACCGCGAGCACAAGAAGCACAAGCACCGGAGCAGCGGCGGGAGUGGAAGUGAACGGCGGAGUAAGCGCAGCCGCAGCCGGGGCGAGCGGAGCAGCCGGCGGAGCGGAGCGGAUGAGUCGUCCUCCCGGGGGAGUCGCGGGGGCGCCAGCAACAGCGCUGCCGCUGGGGGCCAGGAGGGAGCGGCCGAGACGGGGAGGCGCAUCAAGCGGGAGAAGCGCGAGGAUGGAUAUGAAGCGACUCAGAACUCAGCUGUUGUCACAAAGUCCAGCUCAGGAGAUGCGUCUUCGCUUAGCAUCGAGGAGACAAACAAACUCAGGGCUAAACUUGGGCUGAAGCCUCUGGAGGUAAAUGUUAUCAAAAAGGAAACAGGCAGCAAGGAAGAUCCCGUGGCAGCUGAGGUCAUCAACCCCAUACUGCUCAAGCAGCGUGAGGAGAUCCGGGAGAAGCUAGCAGCUGCCAAGGAGAAGAGGCUCCUCAACCAGAAACUCGGGAAGAUCAAGUCGCUUGGCGAAGAUGACCCCUGGCUGGAUGACACAGCUGCCUGGAUCGAGAGAAGCCGGAAACUGCAACUGGAGAAAGAGAUGGCGGAGAAGAGGGCUAAGCUCUUAGAGGAGAUGGACCAGGAGUUUGGCAUCAGCAGCCUCGUGGAAGAGGAGUUUGGGCAAAACAAGAAGCAGGUCAACUACAGUUCACGAGACCUGAAGGGCCUGACAGUAGAGCACACCAUCGAUUCCUUCCAGGAAGGGGAGACGGUCAUCCUGACACUCAAAGACAAAGGUGUCUUGGAGGAGGAAGGGGGCGAUGUCCUAGUGAAUGUCAACAUAGUGGACAAGGAGAAGGCAAAGAAAAAUGUGGAGCUGCGCAAGAAGAAGGCUGAGUACAAGCCCUACGAGGAAGAGGAGAGCGUGGACGACAUGGUUGUUUACAAGCACAAGAACAUCCUCUCCAAGUACGAUGAAGAGAUUGAAGGAGAGAAGAAGAAAUCCUUCAAGCUGGACUCGGUGGGGAUGGCUGAUGGGUCUUGGGAGCGGGAGCUGCAGCACAUCCGGGACAGCCUGCGGGAUCAGGCCCAGACCUUGGACAUGCCCAGCCUCCACCUGGCAUCGGAGUACUUCACCCCGGAAGAGAUGAAUGUCACCUUCAAGAAGACGAAGCGGCGGGUGAAGAAGAUACGCAAGAAGGAGAAGAUGGUGAAGGCUGCCGAUCUCCUGCCGCUGGGCAAUGCGACCAGCAAGAGGGACUUUGGCUCCAGGGGCCGCAGCCGAGGGAGGAGGGUUGUUGCAGAAGAGGAGGAUGAAGAGCAGUAUGCGGAAUAUGAUGAAAAUGGUGCCUCAGAGCAGCAGCCUCAGUCAGAUGACCUUCGGGUGGAGAGAAUGGACAUCAGCAGUGAUGACGAAGAGGCUGUAAAAGGUCCCGACUCUCCUGGCGCCUUGGAGGAGGACGAGGCUGAACUAGAACUUCAGAAACAGCUGGAGAAAGGGCGGAAGCUGAGGCAGAUCCAGCAGCUGAAAGACAGCGGGGAAAAGGUCAUAGAAAUAGUGAGGAAGCUGGAGACUGGCCGGAACCAGGAGGAUGACGACGAGCUGGAGAGGAAGGGGGCCAUUGUCUUCAAUGCCACCUCCGAGUUCUGCCGCACGCUGGGCGAGAUCCCCACCUACGGGCUUGCUGGGAACCGUGAAGAUCAGGAAGAGCUCAUGGACUUUGAGCGAGAUGAUGAGCGGUCAGCCAACGGGGGCUCAGACUCAGACGGUGAGGAGAACAUCGGCUGGAGCACCGUCAACUUGGAUGAGGAGAAGCAGCAGCAAGACUUCUCAGCAUCUUCCACCACCAUCCUGGAUGAGGAGCCCAUUGUCAACCGGGGCCUGGCAGCUGCCCUGAUGCUCUGCCAAAACAAAGGCUUGUUGGAGACAACUGUGCAGAAGGUGGCGAGAGUGAAAGCCCCCAACAAGUCGUUGCCGUCAGCUGUCUAUUGCAUUGAGGAUAAGAUGGCCAUUGACGACAAAUACAGCCGCCGUGAAGAGUAUCGGGGCUUCACCCAGGACUUCAAGGAGAAGGAUGGUUAUAAGCCAGAUGUGAAAAUCGAGUAUGUGGAUGAGACGGGCCGCAAGCUCACGCCCAAGGAGGCAUUCCGGCAGCUGUCCCACCGGUUCCAUGGCAAAGGUUCUGGCAAGAUGAAGACGGAGCGGCGCAUGAAGAAGCUGGACGAGGAGGCGCUCUUGAAGAAGAUGAGCUCCAGCGACACCCCCUUGGGCACUGUGGCUCUGCUGCAAGAGAAGCAGAAGGCCCAGAAGACACCUUACAUUGUGCUGAGCGGCAGCGGCAAGAGCAUGAACGCAAACACCAUCACCAAGUGAGACUCUGCCAUCCGCGUUGAGAGGAAAGAUGGCUUUCUUGGGGGUUUGGGCCCGGACCUCUCUCUUCUCCACCUUUUACGGAGCAGCCCUGUGCCUGGUGUGCAUUCGGAGCACCUGAUCUUUCUGCCCAAUGGGAGUCAUGAGAGCAAGAUUCCCUCCUUCCUCCCGCUGUCCUGAGCAAACUGAUCAGCCAUUUCCCUUCUCCCCCUUCCCUCCAGAUGUGCAAAGGGGUGGAUAGUCGCUAUGUAUAUAGUUAUGGAGCCGAGUUUCUAAAGAUCCCCUUUGGUGUCUUUUUUUGUAUCUAUAUGUGAAACCAAAUCGCUUGAAUAAAAGUAGCUGCUUCCUCA